AUGAAAAGGAUUAUUUCGUCAUCAAAAUCAUUAAAACAGCUUUCAAAUAUUGGUUAUGGAUCGAAAAAACAAAUUCAUUGCAAAUCUGUUGUUGAUAGUGAUAGUGAUAGUGAUAGUGAUAGUGAUAGUGAUAGUGAUAGUGAUAGUAAUAGUAAUAGUAAUAGUAAUAGUAAUAGUAAUAGUAAUAGUAAUAGUAAUAGUAAUAGUAACAGUAAUAGUAAUAAUAAUAAUAAUAAUACUAAUAAUAAUAAUAAUAAUAAUAAUAAUAAUAAUAAUAAUAAUAAUAAUAAUAAUAAUAAUAAUAAUAAUAAUAAUAAUAAUAAUAAUAGUGUUUUCAGUGAAUUAAUUCUUAAAUUGAUUGCUGAACGUGUGAUUCUGAUCAACAAUUAUAAUAUUGAAAAAAUUGAAGAGAUUAAAGGUAUUCCAGAAUUAAUGAAAUCAAUUACUUCAACAACAGCAGAAACAAAAAACAAUUACUACUCAGGAAGUUACUAUUCUUCACGAUGA